CGAGUGCGCAGGCGCGGCGUGACCGAGAGCUGGCUUGGGGCGUGCGUAGGGCGGUCGCGGAGAGCAGAGGGCGUCGAGUGGGGGGGGGUCGCAGUUCGGGAUUGCCGCCAUGAUGGUCGUUCGCUGCCCGUCCUCUAGCCGAGCACGUCAGUGCUUUCAUGCUCUAAAGCUGAUAAAGAGAGACUGCCUUCCAUCACUGCAUCUUGCAAGAUGUGCCUCUACUGCCUCUGUGCCUCGCAUAACUACGCAUUAUACAAUUUAUCCUCGAGACAAAGACAAACGAUGGGAAGGGGUAAACAUGGAAAGAUUUGUGGAGGAAGCUGAUGUUGUCAUUGUUGGAGGAGGCCCUGCAGGUCUUUCUGCAGCUGUUCGACUCAAACAACUAGCUGCUGAGCACAACAAAGAAAUACGUGUUUGUCUGGUGGAAAAAGCUUCUCAAAUUGGUGCUCAUACACUCUCUGGUGCUUGUCUUGAGCCAAGGUCCUUACAGGAACUCUUUCCAGACUGGAAGGAACGGGGGGCUCCACUUCAUACUCCUGUAACUGAAGACAUAUUUGGAAUUUUAACAGAGAAAUCUAGAAUUCCAGUGCCAAUUUUGCCAGGACUUCCGAUGGUUAAUCAUGGAAAUUACAUAGUACGUCUGGGCCACUUUGUGAGUUGGCUAGGUGAACAAGCAGAAGCUUUGGGUGUUGAGUUGUAUCCAGGGUAUGCAGCAGCUGAGGUUCUUUUUCAUGAAGAUGGUAGUGUGAAAGGAAUAGCAACUAAUGAUGUGGGCAUUCAAAAGGAUGGAGCACCUAAAGCUACCUUUGAAAGAGGCUUGGAACUCCAUGCUAAAGUUACAGUCUUCGCUGAAGGUUGUCACGGACAUCUAGCCAAACAGAUGUACAAAAAAUACAACCUAAGGGAGAAAUGUCAACCCCAGAGCUAUGGCAUUGGACUGAAAGAGUUGUGGACUAUUGAUGAGAAGAAAUGGAAACCAGGACGAGUGGAACAUACCGUAGGCUGGCCUUUAGACAGACACACAUACGGAGGAUCCUUUCUUUAUCACUUAAAUGAGGGUGAACCUUUAGUUGCUCUCGGGUUUGUGGUUGGUUUAGAUUAUCAAAAUCCCUAUUUGAAUCCAUUUAGAGAGUUUCAGAGAUGGAAGCACCAUCCCAGUGUACAACCUACUUUGGAGGGUGGAACAAGGAUCGCCUAUGGUGCCAGAGCAUUAAAUGAAGGUGGUUUACAGUCAAUACCUAAACUCACCUUCCCAGGUGGAUUAUUAAUUGGUUGCAGUCCUGGACUUCUGAAUGUUCCAAAGAUCAAGGGGACACAUACUGCAAUGAAAAGUGGCAUGUUGGCUGCAGAAGCCAUCUUUAAACAAUUAACUAAUGAAAAUCUCACAUCAAAGACAAUAGGACUUGAUGUGCAAGAGUAUGAAGAGAACCUGAAAAAUUCCUGGGUCUGGAAAGAGCUGUAUGCAGUUAGAAACAUCCGACCAUCCUGCCAUAGCAUACUUGGUGUGUAUGGAGGAAUGAUUUACACAGGCAUAUUUUAUUGGCUACUGAGAGGAAUGGAACCAUGGACAUUAAAACAUCCAGGACCAGAUUUUGCUCAGCUCAAGCCAGCCAAAGACUGCACACCUAUUGAAUACCCAAAGCCAGAUGGAAAAAUCAGUUUUGAUCUCCUGUCAUCUGUGGCGUUAAGUGGUACAAACCAUGAACAUGACCAGCCUGCUCAUUUAACUCUCAAAGAUGACAGCGUCCCUGUGAGUAGGAAUCUGGCUGUAUUCGAUGGACCAGAACAGCGAUUUUGUCCAGCAGGAGUUUACGAAUAUAUUCCUCUGGAAACAGGAGAAGGAUCAAGACUGCAGAUAAAUGCUCAGAACUGUGUCCACUGCAAAACAUGUGAUAUUAAAGACCCAAGUCAGAACAUUAACUGGGUAGUGCCUGAAGGUGGAGGAGGACCAGCUUAUAAUGGGAUGUAAACUAACAGGAACUCUAUUCAGUGACUUCUGAUCACCAGAAAUAAGAUGUACUAUUUUAUGCUGCUGUGUAAUUGAAGUACAGCACUGACUUGAAUGUUAGAGUGCCAUGAUUAAUUUUAGUUACGACUGUUGCAUUAAAUGGAAAGUCGGUGCCUUCUGCUCAAACCCUAGCCUUAUUUAAAUAGGACUUCUUUAACUGGAACUGUGUGGCAGGCAGAAGAUAGUUCUUCCUCAGGACUGAUGUGGAACUUCGGAUCUUAGAUUUAUUGAUGAAGUUCAGUGAUAAGAGGAGUCAUAUCCAGAAUCAUAAGUAUGGUGGCAGAAUACAAAAAACCCCUAUUUUCUUUCUCUAUCUGGAGUGAUAUACUGCAUGUAAUCCAACCUUGCAGUAGGCAGAACACAUCAGUCUGGAAAAUUGUCACUGCUUAUAACUGUUACACAUUUCACAUCGAAUUUACAGUUAGGUUU